GCUUUUGGGUGGCACCUUGUUUACAUUUUGUUCCGUAAACUCGUUCUCUCGCACCUUUAACUCCUUUCAACUCGUUUUCAUUUAACUUCUUUUGCAAUAAAAAGUGAAGUGAUUAAAGUGAAUCGAGCCUCUUGUUAGUAGCCGAUACUCAGUACGCGCAAAUUAUUCCCAAAAACAUAGUUAUCAACAAAUUUAACGUUUUGGAAAUCAGCUGAUUGAGUACCGGGCGGUGUCAAGACGCUGCGAUAAGAUUACAUUUCGGAUGAUACGCGAUAUACCCUUUGCGGCCCGGUGUAACACGCGGAAGAGUGAGGGUUGCAGUCGUUGGAGAUCUCCGAGUUGAGUCGGUGCUGAUUUUGUGAGGAACCUGCCUCGUAACCUGUGCAAAAUGUUGAAUGAAAUCUGUGAUAUGUUGGAUGGCUACACGGGGAGAGACAAGAUAAUUCGAACGCUCUGCUACACCACGAAACUCGCAUCCGGCCUGUACGCGCAAAAGGACCCAGAAUGGGCAAAAAAGCUAGCUAUCUUCAGUUCGAAAAUGUCCCAAACCCGUGCCACGCUCCGGCUGUUCGAUGAUCUACCCAUGUUGGCCUACAGUUUAAGCUAUGGCACCGGCAGUAAGGAACCUGACCGAUGGAUGGGACUGAUUGGGUUCGUAACGAACCUCAUCGAUCACGCAUACUAUCCGGUGGAUAAGAUCUGCUGGCUGCUUGAGCACAAUCUACUGAACGUGCAAAACCCUACCAAAUGGGACACGAUCAAUUCGGUCCUUUGGGUGGCAUCCAUAUACCUCAACCUGAUGAAAACUAUCCGCAGCUUUGCCGUCAUGGAGCAGCACAAAUCAUGUAUCGAUAAGGCAGAAAAUCAAGCAAGUCAAGCAUUUCGGAUGUUGAAAGUAAAGCAACGCAUGGAAGCUCUUUCUAUUCUGCGGUUAACAUUGGAUCUGAUCCACGCCGGUAGCACACUACCGAAGGGAAUGCUAUGGGGUGGUUGUUUCCAAACGUGGCACGUUGGACUGAUUGGUAGUAUAUCAUCGUUGAUGGGACUCUACCAGUAUGUGGCUAAGAAACGAAUCGUUAGAGAAAGUGCCUAGCGCUAAUGCAUCAACAAGUGGUUCGUCACAUUCAUUUGCCGCAAUAUAAUUGCGUGAAGCCUAAGGGGUCAUACAAAGCCAAUGUCCAACACAUGGUUUAGGAAAGCCGUUAUCCUAUCCACGUGCAGGAAAAACAGGAUGGUCGACAUCACCCAAAGUGAUCAAUAAUAACUGAUGAUCGUCCGUCACCAAUUACAUCAGAGUAGAGUAGUGGGCAGAUCAUCAAGCGAAAGGUCAAUAAACGCGAAGAAAGCUUAAGACUUGAGUUCGCCGACCGAGGAUCGCGUAUGACAAUUUGAGAAUCCAAAAACGAUUCUCAAUACUUAGCUCUCGCAUUUUUUUUUCGCAAUGAAUAACUCACAUUAGCAAACGGUCAAACCCAGGAGCAACUGCAAUUGAUACCUUUAAAGUGAAUUUUAGUUUAGUUAUUGUAAUUUGCAUGUAUUGUUGUUUUCCAGUGCAGUGUUAUGUUCAGAAAGCGACUGGAUAAGGACUACGUGAGAUACUGCUAAGACUUUGUAUAGUAUACACCAAUACCGAAGUCUAGUCAGUGUGUAACGGUUUAAUGAUUACGGGAUUUUUUUUUUUUUUAGAAGCGCAAAUAAAUUUUAUGAGGGAGCUUGGGAACUCGUUAACCAACUUAGCGCGGGGCAUAAUGUUGCAAUUCGUAUUAAUAAAACCGAUUCAAAAGACAAUUGCAUAGUUAAUGUGGCCAUUUCUUUACUUUUACUACGAGGCUCACCGACCGGCUAUUACGGGGACUUGCCAUCUUCGUUCUACCUCACACAAUGAUCAGCCAUUCAGCAAUAGAAUCGGAUUAUAAGCAACAUCAAAUAGCGCACAAGAAACCAAGAAGACGAAAAACAAUCUUAUGUAUUCAUAGUACUCGUUCCAAUGGCUGCCGUUACAUAACUGUAUCAUCUCCCGACAUGUCCCAUUUCGGAUGCAAGAUACUAUGUUUGUUAGCGCCUUUUGAUUAAACUGUUUUAUUAUACUGUUUACUGCUUCUCCUUAUGUGUUUGGAUCAGUACGGAAACAUUUAAGAGUUUGUUUUGCUGAUCGAAGAAUAAAUAGAUUUCUGCUUUCUCCUUCA